AUGAAGGUUGCCGUUAUAGGCGGCGGACCGGGCGGUCUCGCGACGCUCAAGUUCCUGGCAACCGCCCAUGAAUUCUUUCCCAUUGACCCCAUCGAAGUUCGAUUGUUCGAGUCUACCAAAUGCAUUGGAGGCACUUUCGUCAAGAGGGUAUAUGAAGAGGCAGAGCUUGUCUCGUCCAAGUACCUGACGGCCUUCUCCGACUUUCGGCUCCCCCUCGAUGCCGCCGACUUUGUCACACCCGAGGUUUACGUCAAGUACCUGAACGACUAUGCAAAGGCCUUCAAGAUCGACGGGCUCGUCGAGUGCAACUCCACGGUCCGGCUGGUUAGGCGAGGGACCCACGGGGUCGGACACGUCCUUGACGUCCAGAGGGCAAAUGGCGAGAAGUUCUCGUGGGAGUGCGACGCUGUUGCCGUGUGCUCCGGAAACCACGAGAACCCCCACGUGCCGGCGAUCCCGGGCAUCGAACACGUCCCGUCCGUCAUGCACUCGUCCAUGUUCAAGACGCGUGCGCAGUUUGGCAAGGACACGCACGUCGUCGUCUGCGGCGCCGGCGAGACGGGCAUGGACAUUGCGCACCUCGCCGUCACGGCCCCGACGGCCUCGGUGACGUUGUGCCAUCGCGACGGCUUUUUCUGUGCGCCCAAGAUCAUCCCGACGCCGUUGCGAGCAGGCCAGAAGCUGCCGAGCCGGCCCAACAAACCGGUAGACACGUCAGUGGCGAGCCUGUUCGACACCGCGUACGCCCACCCGGUCCUCCAGAGGAGUCAGCUCCUCUGGCUCGCGUACGAUCAGUGGAUAAAGAAGAUGCAUGUACUCAUCUCCGGCACGGAGGAGGGCCCCGACCAGUGGGUGGGCCAGAUCAGCAGAGAGCGUCGCAACGUCGACUCCAUCUUUCUUUGCAAGUCAGCACGCGCCCUGCCGUACAUCUCCGAAGGCCACCGAUCGAAGUUAUGGUGGAAUACGCUGCGCGAGUCCAUCAUCAACGUUGAGCGCAAGGAUACUAAAGGACGCAGGAUUGAUGUCGCCAGCUGGCCUACCGAGAUUGAUGAGCACGGAUACAUGACCUUGUCCAUUGAGGGGACGAAUAAACCGGAGCGGCGAUUCAAGCCCGAUGUGAUCAUCCUGGCAACCGGCUACAAUACCAACUUCUGGUUCCUCGACAAGGGGUACCCCGUGGUGGAAGAAGCCAACGUGCGCUGGGUAUACAAGGAGGGCGACGUGACGGUAGGCUUCAUCGGCUUCGUUCGACCAUCGAUCGGAGCCAUGCCUCCCCUGGCCGAGCUGCAGGCCCAAUUCUGGGUCCUCCGCCUUCUCCAGAACCACUUCCCAGCACAAGUGCCACGGACGCAGAGCCCCGACUCGGUCCCGGCGUAUGAAGUCAGCUAUAAGCUUAACCCACGCGCAGGCUACGACUUCUUCAACUCGAAGAGGGGAGUCGACCACGAGGCGUACGCCUACCAGCUAGCCGUCGACAUGGGUGCCGCGCCGACUGUCUCAUACGUCAUGAACAAGGGUUGGAAGCUGUUCUUCACCUGGGCCAUGGGAUCCAACUUCAACCCCAAGUUCCGCCUCGUCGGACCGUGGAAGUGGGAAGCCGGCGCCGAGAAGAUCAUGCGCGGCGAACUGUACGACGUCGUGAAGCGCUCUGGAGGCGGUGUCUAUCUUACCACCUACACCAUCAUCCCUUUCAUUUUCUUUGGAUUCAUCAGUAUCAUAUUGUAUGCGUUCUUCGGCCUGGUGGCCUUGCUUGGUGACUUGUGUAGCCCGUACGCCGGGAAGCUGCAGCAGGGUGAAAAGAAGCGAAAGGAAUGA